AUGGGGAAGGGGAGCAACGCUUGCAAGCGGAAUGCAGCUCGACUUCGUGCGGAUGACAAGGCAGGGAAGGAGCCUAAGAGUCAGCUCAAGACCAACCAAGCGGCUAUGUCCAUUAAGUGCAGAGUCUGCAUGCAGCCGUUCAUGAAGACGCAGAGUCCCUCGCAGCUGUCAGAGCAUGCGAGGAACAAGCACAACAAAGCACUGGAGGACUGUUUCCCCGACCUUGAAAGUGGUAGCUAG